AUGCGAACAUUUUCGGUUUUUUGGCUAGUUCGCAUACUCAUGUUUAUAGCGGUAGGACAGCUCCUUGACUGUACCGCUAUAGAACCUUUUGACUGUUCUAAUAUAAAAGUUGGAAAAAUGAUUUUUAAUCUUAGUACAUUAAACAGAGAAUGGAAUCAAAGCAUAAUCGAAAAGCAAUCUAAGGGAGUAAUGAACACGACAUAUCGUAUAAAUAUUUGUGAGCCGUUAUCUUACAACGAAACACUAGGAAAAAAUAAUACAUGUGAAGAUGGCACUAAUAUUUGUGCGAUUACGACAUUCAAAUCCUAUGAUAGUGAUGGUGACCCGAUGAUUAUUGAUGUUAAACAGAUUGUCAAGAAUUCAAAUUUUCAACCAAUUUCUAUAUUCUCUGAAGUCAACCGCGAGAUUCUAUUUAAUACAACAGAGACUCUCGAAGUCAAAUUAGGCGGAGGUGAAUAUUUAGAUGAAAAACAGAAAGCAAAUAUAACUUUUUUCCUUGGUCAACCCGUCGAUCUUGAUCCUGAUGUAGUGGAUUACAAGAAUAAUACAUUACUUAUAGAAUGGAAGAUUAGGGCUACGGGUAAUGACGAAUCACAAGGGGAUGGGUCAUGGAGUCUCUUUUCGAUAUUUCUGUUCUUGAUAUUUAUUGGUUUCCUAGGAUAUUUAGUCAUAGGAGUUGCCUACAAUUAUCACACGUAUAAUUCUCAUGGAUGGGAUUUAUUACCACAUAGGUUUGUUAAUAAGAUUACCCUGAUUGGUUGGUUUGUUUUUGAAACAGAACUACUUUUGAACAUCUAG